AUGGCGGUUCGAAGACAGGUGAGGGCGACUGGGAGUCUAGGGGAGAAUUCUCCUUUGCUGGGCGAGCAGACCAGGAGCCCGGAUAGAGACGAUGGCAGUUCAGAAACCGUGACAGAGGCUCAGCGGAGGGCGAGUGAGGAAGAGCUCGAGGAUUCUGACAAGGCAAACCAACACUUUGGGAGGCUACGCGCUGUGUUGAUCAUGUUCAGCCUGUGGGGGUUGAUUUUCUUGCAAGCUUCGAAUAUGUCUGGCAUCACGACAACACAAUCGAGAAUUGCCGAAGAUCUAGAUGCUUUUGCUGAAGCCAGCUGGUUCACAUCUACCUAUCUCAUUGCCAUGUCGAGCUGCUCCCCUCUCGCUGCAAAGCUGGCCGAGAUAUUUUCCCCUAGGAACUGUGUGUUCGCGGCCUCAAUUCUCUUCGCGGUUGGUGACGUGAUCACGUCCCAAGCCCACACGUUACUCGUUUUCCUCCUCGGUAGAGCCAUCCAAGGCAUCGCUAGUGCGGGGAUCAUGACCACUUCUUACAUCCUGGUGCUGGAACUCUCGGGGAAGAAGAAACGAGGUCUAUUCAUCGGAUUGGUCAAUACUGGCUUCACCACCGGUGUGUCUUUUGGAGCUGUGAUUGCUGGUGCUUUACUUCCUAGGUUUCUAUUCUGGAUCCAAAGCCCCCUUGCGAUUGCCUUUGGCACUGGGAUAUACUUCAGUAUCCCGGGUACUUUCACUUCUGGGCAUCAAGAGGAUGAGGAGGUAUCAGCAUUUCGAAAACUUGGCCAGGUUGACUAUCUCGGUGCAACAACUCUUACUACCACACUUUGCCUCUUCCUCUACGGUCUAUCCUCGCCAGUCAUUGUCUGGACCCCCAUAGCCGCUUCCGUCCUUCUACUCGUUGCAUUUGUCCUCUUUGAAUUGUACCUAGUUUCAGAGCCCAUCAUCCCCGUGACGGUUCUCAAGUCUCGUGGCGCACUCCUUUCGUGCGUUGCCCAGCUUGGCAUCAUGGCCGCCCGCUGGAUGGUCUUAUUCUACACCCCAGCCUAUGCUAUCGCCGUACGAGGCUGGUCUCCCGCAUCCGCUGGAUCCAUUCUCAUUCCUACCAACCUAGGAUUCGCCAUCGGCGGGAUCUGUGCCGGUGGGCUGCACAUAAGACGAGCUGGCAGCUUCUGGCUGCCAAGCCUCGUCUCCUAUCUCCUUUUCUCAUGCACUCUCGCAACCCUCUCUCAGAUCACCAACCCGGGCACUCCGACUGCGCUCUUUGUCCUCAACGUCUUUGCGAACGGCCUCUGCACCGGUGCAGCUCUCAACUACACUCUCGCACACCUCCUGCACCUGACCCCACCCUCCACGCACUUCAUCUCCACCUCCCUCAUCACCACUUUCCGCGGCUUUGCAGGCUCCUUCGGCUCCGCCAUCGGCGGCGGUCUCUUCGUCCGCGUUCUCAAAUCCAAACUGGAGACUGGCUUUGCGGAGCACGGCGGGCUGGAAGGUAAAGAGGACCUGGUGAGACGGCUGCUCGGUAGCCCGGCUUUGGUACAGGCAUUGACGGGCUUGGAUCAGAGGGUUGCCGUUGCGGGCUACGUCGGGGCUCUGAGGAACCUGUUCGUGGCUGGCGCGGGACUGGCGCUGGCUAUGGUUCUCGUGCAGGCUGCUACGGGGUGGGAGGGCCCUGGAAGUGUGGGGAAGGCUGGAGGGGCGGAAGAGGCAGGCCAGGUCAUUGGGGUUGUGGACGAGGAGUGGGAGGAGAGGAUGGAGCAGGGUGUUUGA